GGGCUGCUGGCCCUCAUGAAGAAGGUGAAGCGGCAGAAGGAGGAGGAGCUGGAGAAGGAACGAAACAAAGGCGUUGGGAAACCACUGCUAGGAGGACCCUUCUCGCUCGUCAGCCACGAGGGACAGCCCAGGAGCAGCAAGGACUACAUUGGCCAGUGGGUGCUGAUCUACUUUGGCUUCACACACUGCCCUGACAUCUGCCCUGAUGAGCUGGAGAAAAUGAUUGAAGUGGUCAAUGAAAUUGAUAGAAUUCCAUCUUUGCCCAAUCUGACUCCACUCUUCAUCACCAUCGAUCCUGAGAGGGACAAUGAAGAAGCCAUUGCCAGAUACGUUAAAGAAUUUUCUCCCAAGCUGGUGGGAUUGACUGGUACCAAGGCACAGAUUGACCAAGUGGCCAAAGCUUACCGUGUGUAUUACAGCGAAGGUCCCAAAGAUGAAGAUGAUGAUUACAUAGUGGAUCACACAAUAAUCAUGUACCUCCUUGGGCCGGACGGGGGCUUUGUGGACUAUUAUGGCCAGAAUAAGAGAAGCACAGAGAUCUCUGCUUCUAUUGCUGCACACAUGAGGAAAUACAGAUCAUAAA